GGACCUAUGGCCAGAUCGAUGUUUGGUUCGUUGGUUGGUGCAUGGCUGUCCAACGGACCCGCUCUCUCUUUCUCGCUCUUUUCCCACUUUCUCUCUCUCUCUCUCUCUCUUUGCCUCCCAUUCUUGGUCUGUUCUUGCCCCUUUUUCUGCUCAAAGUGAGGGCAAGAAAAUACCUUGAUGGUUCGCUACUCAUUCCCUCUGAUCUUGCCUUUUCAGUUCCUCGUUGGCGAGGGAAAAGGACUCUCCUGUCUUGGCAAGUCCAUCAUCCAUCACACCGUUGCGCGUGGUCGGGCUUUGAACUAGAAUCAUCAGUGAUUAUAGUAUUGGUUGAGCUUGCUUAUAAAUGGCCAAGUGUUCUAUGUCAUUCUACGUCAUUGUGGGUUUAAGAUCGCAUCUAAGAAGCGUCAGUUUAGUGUCAUCAUGUUCUUGUAGUAAGCUGUGGAAGGGAAAUUACAAAGGGAACUACUGAUCUAGGUCCUUCACACCUUUGAAAAGGAGGGUCUUCACUUCCUCCUCCUUCUCCUACUUUCCGUCUUUCUUGAAUGAAUGGAAUCGAAACACGGGUGCUUUAUUCUCGUUUGUCUUUGUUGACAGCCAAUUGUCGAAAAGGACAACCAAGUGCUUUUCAUGCCAAUUCCCCUGGCUCGUUAGCUCUCUUUUGAGACUCUAGUGCACCACCUUUUCUUCCUCUCCGCCUAUCUAGCUUCUUAAACGGUUGCAGAAGAAUUGAAUGAACAACGCAAACGUCAUCUGGAACAACAGUAACAACAGUGACAACAGUAACAACUACUACUACUACUACUACUACUACUACUACAUUGGCAGUUACAAAGCGGCAAGAGCCUAGAAGGAAGCACACGCUUUCCGCUAAUACAUCUGAAAAGCUCAAGUGGAAUGCACCCUUAUCGGAUAAUCGUGCAACUGGGACACGGUCACUCAUUCCGAUAUCAUUUCAAGAUCCAGUAGAUCCAGCCAGACCGCAACUUCAAAGGUGGAGAGAGAGUCAGGAAGAAAUCAACGACGACCUACGUAUUGGUCAAGCUCCACUCCCAUUCCCCUUCCCGCACACACCGAGUCUCACUUUCCGGAAUCCCAUCUUGGCCUUGUGUGGGCUUGGCUGAUGACUGGGAUGGACGGCGGAAUGUGAAGAGAUCAUCAUCGUAUCGUUAUCAGUCCUUGAAGCACCAACCCAUAUCCUAGGCCUUUUAGGAGUUAAGCUCUCUCUCUUCCGCUGGUAUCCUUUGAUAAUGCCCUAAUGAUGAGAUGAGAUCCUCAUCACUAGCGUCGAGAGACUGUCAGUUAUGAGGUUGGUGAGACCAACAACCGACGCCACUUCCACGAUGAAUAAUGCAACCCCAUUAACCAGAAAAUAUUCAUCAACCGCAUUCAACUCGGAGAGGAUAUCCAAGUUUUCAAUCGUUCCGCCCCCACCACAGUCCAUGAAAAUCCCGCUGAACUCAUCAAGCCUCAACGUUUGAGAUUCUGCCUGAAACUUUUUUUCCGAUUCAAGUGUUGCAAGGAGCGUUCGUUGAGCCUUGGGAGAUGAGGUGGGUGCGAGUGUGGUGUCCACGUCCCUUGAUUGAUUGAAGAACUCUUGGCUUUAGGCCUGAAUAAUGGGACAAGUGCAGAGAACUUAAGUGAAUCAAUCCACCGGACACCGGAGAAUGGUUGGUUCACGGUGAGCAAUCAUGAAGCGCUCCAAUUCUAACCAAAUCCAGCCUUUCGUCUCUCGGGGGUCCUCUUUGAAAGAAGUCGACGAUGGCGAGUUGUUGGGCGGCGAGCCCGAAGAUCAGGACUAUAAUGAGUGUGAAAUCCAAGUCCCGCUCCUUCGAGAGCACAGAGAGAAACGAUCUCCACAUAUCAUUGAAUUGGCCGAUGCCCAACCUCCAUUUGCGAGGCGAUCCCAAUUCCUCUCGCCCUAUCCGAAUCGAGGUCGACAGGCCAUUUUGUUCGCAUCUUCGAGAAGUCCAUCUCUAGUGACCACUCGAUUGGAACCCGUCUACCCUUGGGACUUGGACGACGAUGAUGAUGAGGUUUACACCCGGGACGGGAAAAAUGAUCCCCCACAGUACGGGGACGAGGACAACCACCACCACCACCAUCGUAUCAACAAUAGCAAUAGGGACGAGGAUGACAAUGACGACGAAGAGUACGAACACCCAUCACUUGAGAACAGAAAGUCCCUGUCAGCCCUGAGGCGAGGAGGAUACAUGGGCGAAAGUGAGGAUGAUUUGGACAAUUCUAGUCUUCAAGGCGAGUCCGCUGCAAGUUUUGCGGAAUUCUCGUUCCGAAAAUUUUCCAGAGAGUACUGGCUCCGGAAGAUAUGCAUUAACAUUGUCCUUAACCCAUGGUUCGAGCGCUUAACGAUGUCUGUGAUCCUCCUCAAUUGUGUGACUUUGGGCAUGUUCCAACCCUGUGAAGAUGCUACAUGUGAUUCCAAGCGGUGCCAAGUACUCAAGGUUUGUGACGAUGUAAUCUAUCUGUAUUUCGCGGUGGAAAUGUGCAUCAAGAUGUUCGCCAUGGGCGUGGCAGGCAGAGGAUGCUAUCUGUCUGAGACUUGGAACCGCUUGGAUUUUUUCAUUGUCAUGGCCGGUGCCCUUGAAUAUUUCCUCGACGUGGAAAAGCUCAAUUUGUCAGCCAUUAGAACCGUUAGAGUUCUUAGACCACUUCGUGCUAUCAAUCGCAUCCCAAGUAUGCGGAUUUUGGUGAUGUUACUCCUGGACACAUUGCCCAUGCUGGGUAACGUUUUGCUCCUUUGUUUCUUCGUCUUCUUCAUAUUUGGUAUCAUCGGGGUCCAACUUUGGGCGGGACUGCUUCGUCAGAGGUGCUUCAUCCCCGACGACAUGCAAGACAACGCUGUGCUGAAGAGCAAAUUUUUCAAGAGUCAAUUUGUUCCCUAUUACCAACCUCCAGAUGAGAAUGAGAAGGAGUGGAUCUGUUCCACGCCAGAUAGUUCGGGUAUGCACAAAUGCGGGGAGUUGCCUUACUACGAAGAAGACGAGGUGGAGUGUCAUGCCAGCAUCGAAACCGGUCUUUACAACUCAUCGGAUUGCAUUAAUUGGAAUCAAUACUUCACCGAUUGCAAACCAGGAGCCAUGAACCCGUUCCACGGUGCAAUAUCCUUUGACAAUAUUGGAUUGGCCUGGGUGGCCAUUUUCCUGGUGAUAAGUCUCGAAGGAUGGACCGAUGUCAUGUAUUUCGUUCAAGAUGCGCACUCAUUCUGGAAUUGGGUCUACUUUGUCCUGCUCAUUGUGAUUGGCUCCUUCUUCAUGAUUAACUUGUGCCUGGUCGUCAUUGCCACCCAAUUUUCGGAAACGAAGCGUCGCGAAACGGCAAAAAUGAAGGCUGAGCGAGCUCGAUUUCAAUCAUCGUCCACAUUGUCGAGCUUCACCAAUUCGGAGACCACCAAUUGCUAUCGUCAAGUGAUUCGACUCAUAGCUCAUCUGAUCCGAAAGGCCAUGAGUCGAACACGACGGCUGUAUCGAAAGCAUCGCCUCGAGCAUUUGAGCAAGAAAGAGAUGUCGCUCAUGGAGAAACAGGAGGCGGGCAAACUUCAAAACCAUCACAUCCGACGCAAUGUCUACACGCAGAGCGUCAUCAAUCCCAACAAUGGUAGGUGUGACGGUAGAAUAAGCCCAGACAAAAGAGCUUUCAUUAAUCAGACCUUGGAUUGUUCAAACCAGUCCUUUCGACCGAACAAAAAUGCUAUUAAUUCUUUCAUAGCCAUUAGUCCAGGCCGAAUUGCUCCAUUUUAUCCUCAACUGAUUUUCCAGGCUGUCAUUCAUUACGUGUUCCAAUACGGUUACUUACUGUGGUUUAGAUCAUACGAAUUGCUCGCACUUUCAUCAGCACUCUCUGCCACUCUCACUGCCCAAAUCGGAGGGUUUAAUGCCUCACAAAUCAAGCACUGUUCAACCUAUAACUUGCCGGAGGUGGGACAGAGCUCGGAUGACAAAUUGGGAUCAGGAUGUGAUGUGGAUAGCGAAAUCUACGAAUUGGCCGUGACGCCCAAACGGCCCUCCCGGUUCAUUGCCUUCUUCGGGUGCUGCGGUACCUGUCUGUCCAAGUUUCAGAAUCAGCUCGAGAAGUUUGUGGAUCACAACAUUUUCCAACGUUUCAUCCUGUUUUGUAUUCUCAUCAACACCUUCAGUAUGGGCAUAGAGUUCCACAAACAGCCGGAGUUCCUCACGAAAACCGUGGAAAUCAGCAAUCUCGCUUUUAGUGCCAUCUUUGCCAUCGAGAUGCUCCUCAAGCUAUCAGCUUACGGACUCUUUAAGUACAUUAGCGACGGCUUUAACGUGUUCGAUGGAAUCAUUGUCAUAUUCAGUUCCAUGGAGCUUUAUACGGGAUUUGUUCAUGGAAUCCAUCCUGAAGGUGGGAGCACCGGCCUUUCCGUUCUGAGGACGUUCAGACUUCUGCGCAUCCUCAAACUCGUCCGGUUCUUACCGAAUCUUCGGCGCCAGCUCGUGGUGAUGCUGAGGACCAUGGACAAUGUGGCCGUUUUCUUUGGACUGCUCAUGCUCUUCAUCUUCAUUUUUAGUAUUUUGGGGAUGAACCUCUUUGGAUGCAAGUUUUGCGAUGGGGACGUCUGUGAUCGUAAAAACUUUGAUACGCUCCUUUGGGCCACUGUCACCGUGUUCCAAGUCCUGACUCAAGAGGAUUGGAACAUUGUCCUCUUUCUUGGCAUGAAACAAACAAAUCACUGGGCGGCGCUGUAUUUCGUCACCCUGAUGACCUUCGGCAACUACGUCCUAUUCAACCUUCUGGUGGCCAUUUUAGUGGAGGGAUUCUCCAAUCAAGACGACAAGCGGAGCUCGGAUCGAAACUCGUUAUAUUCCAAGGAUGCCAAUAGCGGAGCAGGCUUGUCCCAAAGUCCUUGUCAAAGUCUGCAUAAUUCCAGUCAGGGAGGCAGACGGGGCGACAGUCUCCGAGGAUAUCGACGACCAGGCAGCCUCAAAGCCAAUGGCAGCGGCUCCAUGGUGAACCAGAUGUCGUAUGCCCAAUCUCCGAAAUUAAGCAAACAUGUGAUGGAAACCCUGCGGAACAACGUUCUAGAGAUGGGCGAGCCCAUGCAGUUGAUGCUUCCCUGUUCCAAUUGCGGUGAGACGAGAGUGGUGAUGGCUCGUCAAAUCAAAAAAGAGGAUGUGGAAUGCAAUCCGGUAUUUGCAGAGUUCCUUCAACAAUCCAAGGGUGGUUCGCCACCCAAUGGAACAAUGCCAUUCAGGCGCACUUCCAGGGGCUCCAAGACAUCCAGGAGCAGCAGUAGGAGUCGCCGUCGUCGGAAGCCCUCGAAAUGUUGCUCACUCACCGAAUCCACGUGCAGCAAAUGUGAGGCAGCCAUCCAUCCACUGGCUGCGAAUUCCCAUUUCACGGAUAUUUCCAAAUCUGCGGUCGCCAAGAACGGUUCCAACGGACGGGCGAAUUCCAUUCAUUUGAUGGAGAACGGUGACAACCAACGUGACAGGUCGAGUGGUUGUCGAGGCGUGUGGGAAAUGCUUUUGUAUUGGCGAAAAACCGUCUUGUCCCGGUGGGUUCGAUUCAAAUACGAGCGAGAAACAUUCUCGCUUUGGAUAUUCAAACCCGAUGACAAAUUUCGAAUGUAUUGCCAAGAGCUAACCGGCAAGACAUGGUUCGAUUUCAUCGUGUUGGUAUUCAUUGCCAGUAACUGCAUCACACUAGCAAUGGAGAGGCCCAACAUUCCUCCCUGGUCUUGGGAAAGGCAGUUCCUAGAUCUGUUGAAUAACAUCUUCACGUUCGUGUUUUUCAUUGAGAUGUUAUUAAAAGCCAUUGCCACAGGGUUGCUCUACGGAGAGCACGCUUACUUCAAAUCCGGUUGGAACAUCAUGGACGGAUCGCUGGUGAUCAUUUCUUUGGUGGAUACGGUGAUGGUGGUGAUUUUGGGUCAAACAUCUAAAAUCUUCGGCAUUCUACGCGUCUUUCGAUUGGUUCGAGCCCUGCGACCCCUGAGGGUGAUCAAUCGGGCCCCUGGUCUUAAAUUGGUGGUCCAAACAUUGCUUUCAUCUCUUAAGCCGAUUGGGAAUAUUGUCUUGAUAUGUUGCACAUUUUUCAUCAUCUUUGGUAUCCUGGGCGUCCAGUUGUUCAAGGGCAUCUUCUAUUAUUGCGAGGGUCCGGAUGCUCAUCGGGUGAAAAAUAAGACUCAGUGCCUAGAGUUAAGUGGUCGCGGCAAUCGUUGGAUCAAUCACAAGUAUAACUUCGACAAUCUGGGACAGGCUCUCAUGUCGUUGUUUGUUUUGUCCUCCAAAGAUGGGUGGGUCAACAUCAUGUACCAAGGCCUCGAUGCCGUGGGAUUAGAUCAACAACCUCGAGAAAAUUUUAACGAAUGGCGCCUCAUCUACUUCAUCUCAUUCUUGCUGCUGGUGGGAUUCUUUGUGUUGAACAUGUUUGUGGGCGUGGUGGUUGAGAACUUCCAUCGAUGUCGGGCCGAGCAGGAGAAGGAGGAACGGGCCCGCAGAGCGGCCAAGCGGGCCAAGAAAAUCGAAGAGCGACGUCGAAGGGGACCUCGGCGGAAAGAAAUGAUGGAGACGCCUUAUUACAUCCAUUACUCGCCCAAUCGCCUGAUGGUCCACAAAAUGGUGACCUCCAAGUACUUCGAUCUAGCCAUCUCGGCCGUAAUUGGACUCAAUGUGAUAACUAUGGCCAUGGAGUUCUACAUGAUGCCCCGAAUUUUGGCCAACGCUUUGAAAGUGUUCAACUACUUCUUUACGGCUGUGUUCAUUCUCGAAGCUGGAAUGAAGGUUUCCGCCUUAGGAUUGGGACGAUACCUCCAAGACCGGUGGAAUCAACUCGAUGUUGUGAUAGUAAUCCUCUCCAUUUUGGGCAUUGUACUUGAGGAGCUCAAGUCAGAUUUGAUGCCGAUUAACCCCACGAUUAUGAGGGUUAUGCGAGUGCUUCGAAUAGCGAGAGUGCUCAAGCUCUUAAAAAUGGCCAAAGGCAUACGUGCUCUACUCGAUACUGUGAUGCAAGCGCUUCCACAAGUUGGAAAUCUUGGACUCCUCUUCUUCCUCCUUUUCUUCAUAUUCGCUGCACUCGGCGUGGAAAUGUUUGGCCGAUUGGAAUGUGAUGAUCACCACCCGUGCCAGGGCUUGGGCGAGCACGCCCACUUCCGGUCCUUUGGCAUGGCCUUCUUGACCUUGUUCCGCAUUGCCACAGGCGACAAUUGGAAUGGCAUCAUGAAAGAUACGCUCCGUGAGGAGUGCGAAGAGGGUGACCAAUGUCUACGCAACUGCUGCGUCUCGCCCUACUUUGCGCCCCUGUUCUUCGUGGUCUUUGUCCUCAUGGCACAGUUUGUGUUGGUCAAUGUGGUGGUGGCCGUGUUGAUGAAGCAUCUGGAGGAAUCACACAAGCAGCAAAUUCUGGAAUUCAGCAGUAUGGAGGACGACGUGGAAGUGGAAUUGGAACUGGAAAAGCAACUCUCCUUAGCUCGUGAGAUGUUCUAGAACGUCAGACAUUAAAGCCCUUGGUACCUUCUCAAAACAUUGGAACUGCAGUAAUAAUUGACGACCCUGAUCACGGAAUCUCCUCAAAGGCUCGCUACGUGCCCUCUAAUAACUAAAAUAUCCAAUAAUAAUGAUGUUAGCCUAACCUCUCCCCUUCAUACUUCAAAACUACUAAUCGCACAAACCCAUACAUAUGAUAACCCACAACAGAGAAUAAAUCAGAGUAUUUCAUCCUCCGA